AAACAUGAAUACGAACGCAUUUUCCCCAACGACAUUGAAGUGAUUGCACAUCACGAGGAAAUUGUUUUCCAUAGCUAACGAGUCUCGAGUGUACGUAGUUUCGUCUAACGCUUAGAUUUUAUUCCUGGCCUUCAUUUGGCAUUGACAUCAAGCCUCAAAGAGAAAGAGUUCGCGCACGCGCCUUCCAUUUCUAGACCAAAGUGUUCUUUCAUUAAAUUAUGAUAUUAAGAUGAAUAGUUUCGUGAGUGGUUUCAUUGUGAUUUGUGUUCUAAUUGUCGGAUGUACUAAUCCCAGUCUCAGUGAGAAGGAUGGAAGUGUCAUACAGUCGCAGCCACAGUCAGUACAAAGACAGACGGCACACAACAAGGAGCAUCAGUUGGGGCUAGCCUUAAGUGAUAAAGAAACAAAACUAGAUGACAAUGAGAGACGAGCCAAAGGACGCAGCUUGGAUGUGGACUCCAAGGAGGACAGGAAAUCGAAACCUUUGCGAAGCAUUUUUUUGGGUAUUUAUAAGAACUAUAAGAGCACCUAUUUGGGCAAUAAAACCUUGACAGAGUACAAACAGAGCCUGAGAGAAACUAUGAAAAAUAAACAACAAAAACUAAAGGAAAAUGAAUCAAUACGUGAAGAAGGAGAUGAGCUGCCAGAGGAGGAGGACGAACAAUAUGAGGGUGAGCAGCCCUUGCCUACACUGGCGAAUGAUGUGCAAGAAGCCGAUGAAGCAGUGGUAACAGAUUAUCCCGACCAUGCUCAUGAAGACUCCGAAGCAUUCACCAUCACUUCUAUCCCUACAAUUGAGAGAGAUGCUGCCACCGAGCUGCCUAGCAAACGGAAGCGAAAACCUAAUAAUUCUGCUUCAGAAAAAGGUUCCCACCCCAGGGAGCAGUACAAUCUGGGACCUGCCCUCAAUAUGUCAUUGGAUUUGGAUAAUAGCAUAGUAAAAGUCAAUUUGGAUGGUGAAAGUCUAAAAGAGCUGGUAACAGGUCGCUGGCUAAGUGACACCAGUGAGGAAGGUCGUGGCAAGAAGUACGAAAUGGUUACCCGCAUCUUGCCUCUGUUCAUUUUGCCUUUCCUCAUACAGUCGGCAAUUGUUCCAUUUCUGGUAACCAAGUUGAAAUUGCUGCUGAUGAAGUCGAUGUUGGUAGGCAAAUUGGCCAUAUUCUUGCUGAUUAUCUCGGCCUUUAGGAAUAGCAACAAACCCAUGCAGACGUAUGAGGUGGCUCCCUCAUAUUGGGCUGGUGAGCCCAGUCGUAGAUCGGAAAUUGCGGCAGCGGCUUCAAAUUUGGCAUAUAAUGGUUAUCGGGUGGAGGGCAAACCAGCGGCUUGGGUUAAUUGA